AGAAAUCGAAUACACUGGAAUACACAUUUUUGAUAGGUUGAAACUUAUCGCUAUCGCUAUUCCCUUGCAUUGUGCCUUGGGCUUUAAAGUCGCCCUUAUUAUCAAGCAUAAUAGAAUUUCUGUCGAAAUUUCAGUUGUUCACUGAACUUUUUACACAAAAAUUUUGGCGAAAAGUGAUAAAUCAUUGGAAAGGAGCAUGUAUGGAACAAAAGACAUACAAAAUAAUGUCGCAUUAUCAGCCACAUUUGAUCCAAUCGGGCAUCAACAUAUAAGAUAUAAUCCAUUGAGAGGAGAAUGGGUACUAGUAUCACCACAUCGUAUGAAGCGACCAUGGGGAGGUCAAAUAGAAUCUAGUACAGAUGAGGAGCUUCCAGAUUACGAUCCCAAUAAUCCACUAUGUCCAGGAAACGUUAGAGCUAGUGGAGAAGUGACUCCAAUGUACCAAAAUACUUUCUCUUUCGUGAAUGACUUUCCUGCUUUACUAGAAUCGGUACCAAAUCCACCAAAACCUGAUGAUGAAUUGUUUCAAAUGGGACCUGCUAAAGGUAUCUGCAAAGUGAUGUGCUUUCAUCCAAAGUCAAAUGUAACGAUAGCACUGAUGAAGAUCCAUGAAAUCAAGGAAGUAAUCAAACAAUGGAUCUAUGAGAUGUUAGAUUUGGGUAAAAAAUGGACUUGGGUCCAGAUAUUUGAAAAUAGGGGCGCUCUGAUGGGCUGUAGCAAUGCACACCCGCACUGUCAGAUAUGGUCUAGCUCAUUUUUACCAAAUGAAAUUAGAAUAAAAGACGGAUAUCUCAAAGAUUUUUAUGUACGUAAUAAGAAACCUCUUCUCAUUGAUUAUAUGCAGAAAGAAAUUUUAAAAAAGGAUCGAAUUGUAAUGGAAAAUUGUGAUUGGAUAAUUGUAGUGCCAUUCUGGGCAGUUUGGCCAUAUGAAACUAUGAUAUUACCUAAAAAGCAAGUAACUAGAAUGCAAGAAUUAUCAGACAACCAACAAGAAUCUCUAGCUGUCAUCAUGAAGAGAUUAUGUACGAAAUAUGAUAAUCUCUUUCACUGUUCUUUUCCAUAUUCGAUGGGAUGGCAUGGUGCUCCAAUGGGUCCACAUCAGAACCAUGAUUAUCCAUACUGGACUUUUCAUGGAAUAUACUUACCUCCUUUAUUACGUUCUUCUACGAUAAAGAAGCACAUGGUCGGUUAUGAGCUUUUAGCUCAAGUACAAAGGGACCUAACACCGGAACAAGCAGCAGAAAGAUUAAGAGAUUUAUCAGAUUCUCAUUAUAAGCAUCCAGAAACUAGCCUAACUGUGGAGGAAAUAGAAAAAUAUUCGAAUUAAAUGUGUAUAAAAUUAUAUUGAUUGAUUAUGUGGUUUGAAAAUAAUACUAAGAUAAAUAAUGAGCAUAUAUCACAUCUUCAUUAAUUUAUUCUAAUAUAUUGCGAAGAAUAUCAUGUAAUUUUUGGCGUUUCCGCAAGAUAGGAGGGGGGGAAUACAUAUAUUACUGUAGAUAAAAUUGUGAAGAAUAUUACGUCGAUCCGCCAUCAGAGGUUUAUCGGUAUUCGCAAAAAUUCUCGCAAGUGCUAUGAUACGCGUAUAUCUCUAUAUAGAAUCUCGAUCAAACAACUAUCUCAGACGUAUAAGGUAGGCUUCCACUACAAUGCCUUACUGACGAGUCUAGUUGUGGAAGCCCGGAACGAAACGCCAAAAAUUACGUGAUAUUCUUCACAAUAUAUUAGAAUAAAUUAAUGAAGAUGGUCACAUUUAUGACCGAAAACGUUUCCGUAAUUGAAUUAUAUUAAAGACAAUUUCUCACAAAAAAGAUCCACUGUAGUGGUAUAU